UGGGCCCGCGCCGCGCCGGAGGAAAGGACACCCGCUCCGCGUCCGUGUCCCCGGGCUGCCCCGCGCGGGCCUUCUGAUCGGAGCCCCAGGGACGUGGGGCAGCGCUGAGGGGUUCGCCAGGUGUCCGCCCCCCUAAGUGUCCUUAGGAUGCAGCGAUCACAGCCUUAGGCUCUCCCCGCCCCAGGGACCCUGCCUGCCUGCGCUGGGCAACGCCGUGCGGAGACCGAGGGGCAGGAUGAUGCUGUCCGAGCAAGCCCAAAAGUGGUUCCCAACCCACGUGCAGGUCACAGUGCUCCAAGCCAAAGAUCUUAAGCCCAAAGGCAAAAGUGGUACCAAUGACACGUACACCAUCAUUCAGCUGGGCAAGGAGAAGUACUCCACCUCCGUGGCAGAGAAAACCCUGGAGCCGGUCUGGAAGGAAGAGGCCUCCUUUGAGCUGCCUGGGUUGCUGAUGCAAGGGAACCCUGAGAAAUACAUCCUUUUCCUCGUAGUCAUGCACAGGUCCCUGGUGGGGCUGGAUAAGUUUUUAGGGCAGGUGGCAAUCAAUCUCAAUGACAUCUUUGAGGACAAACAGAGAAGGAAAACAGAGUGGUUUAGAUUAGAGUCCAAACAAGGAAAAAGAGCCAAGAACCGGGGUGAGAUAAAGGUCAACAUCCAGUUCAUGAGGAAUAACAUGACAGCCAGCAUGUUUGACUUGUCAAUGAAGGACAAAACAAGAUCGCCCUUCGCAAAAUUAAAAGAUAAAAUGAAAGGCCGAAAAACCGACGGCGCAUUUUCCGACACGUCUUCUGCGAUCAUUCCAAGCACUCACUUGCCGGAUGCCAAUCCUGAAUUUCCCAGCAGUGACAUCCAGAUGAAAUCCAAACCGAAAAAGCCUUUUCUGUUGGGUCCUCAGAGGCUCUCAUCUGCACACUCCAUGUCCGAUUUAACUGGGUCCCACGCGUCUUCGGAGAAACUGAAGGCCGGCACCAUCGCUCAGACACAUCUUGGGCGCCAGAUGGAUUCCUUCGGCGCAGUUCCGGAAAGCGGGAGUCUCAACUCUCCACACAGAAGAACACUAAGCUUUGACACGUCUAAAAUGAACCAGCCCGACGGCAGCGUGGAUGAGGCCGAGUCGCCCUUCGGAAGACAGAAUGACCCAUUUACAAACGUGAGUGCUUCCUUACCCCAGAAAUUCGCAACACUGCCACGGAAGAAGAACCCAUUUGAAGAAUGCAGCGGACCGUGGGGCAGCAGCGUGAAUUUGUUCCCCAAGCCGGUGGACGUCCGAAAAGAGAACAAAGGGGAGAAAAGGGAGAGAGUGAGCCUGUUUGGGAGAGUGACGGGGAAGAAGGAGGGCCGGAGGCCUGACAGACCCGGCAACGGGGGCUCCCAGGACAGUCCUUGUGGCCUGAAAUCACCCAAUGCGUUCAGCGACCCUCGGCAGGACUAUUUUGAUUACGAGUCCACCAAUCCGUUUACAACCAAGUUCAGGGCUUCAACUAUAAUGCCAUCUUCAAGUUUUCAUAUGAAUCCGGCAAACAAUGAAGACCUCAGGAAAAUCUUGGACAGCAACCCUUUCGAUGCCACUGCUGGAUACCGCAGCCUGACCCAUGAGGAGGUCCUCCAGGAGCUGGUGAAGCACAAGGAGCUCCUGCGGAGGAAGGACACCCACAUCCGGGAGCUGGAGGACUACAUCGACAACCUCCUGGUCCGGGUGAUGGAGGAGACGCCCAGUAUCCUGCGAGUGCCCUACGAGCCCUCCAGGAAGGCAGGCAAAUUCUCCAACAGUUAAUCAGCCAAUCUGACUGCCUGUGUCAUUCGGACGCAAACAACAGAGCCAGAAGGGAGAGGAAAGGAAGAACAGAGAAAGAGAAUGAAAACUCUGCCCUCUGAAGAGAUGACACUAUCAGGUUUCAUCCCGUGUACUUCCGUUUCAUGUAGAAAAAGGAGUUCGCCUAUACAUAUUAGCAGGGAACUAGCAAAAGCGUGACCUUGGAAGUGAGUUAAAUAAUCGAAACUUCCAUAGCAAUGGGCCGGCAUCUCCGUGAAUAAGCUGCCCCUUAGAAUUCACUUAGGUGCUGGUGCUGGCCCACGAGCCUACCAGGGCCCCACUGUGGCUUCAGAAGGACAUGACUCAAUCCUCAGGAACUGAUCUCCACCGAGCAGGAUGGACAGCAUCCAUUUGUCGACCCAUUUAACUGCCGGAAGGCUGCGUAUCAUAAAAACACUACUAAGAAGAAACACCGUCUUUUAUACACAUAUGUACGUACGUACAUGGAUAUAUGCCCAUGUACCUUGGUGUAUAAAGUACAUGCAUAUACCUCAAACAUGAUGUGUUUUUAGAACAGAACAAAACAGGUUGCCUCUAAGGUUGGGAUACCAGGUACGUGAUUGGAGAACACUCGGGGUAGAGCAAGCUGUCUUUACUAGGAUUGUGGAUCGGCGCACAGAUACGGCCUCCAUGCACAUGGCUACACGAAGCUCGGUUGCAAGAUGAGCUGCUCCACAUUUUCCCGGCAUCCAGCGUUUGCUCUUUCACUGAGAGUAGUGACCCCAUACACCUUUCUGAAAGAGGAGCAGGCGAUCUGGCGAAACAUCUAACUUCUCGACAGCAUGAAAUUUCUCUGAAUCGCUUUUUUGUUGUUCUUAAAUCCUCACGCCUUGAGUUUUGUUCAAGCUAUAAGCUAACGAUCAGCUCGUGUUAUCUGUGCCGUGGGGAUUCUGCAUGCCAUUAAAUCCCUAGUAAAGAAAAUAUUAGCCAGUUGUAUCUGAAAGACAAGUUGAGGGGAAAAUAAGGUAGGUAAAUCAUCUGAUGGCUGAUUCCCCAAAGCACCGGGCAAGUUCUGGGAAUGAAUUAGGCUUGGUUUCCAGUUCCAUAAACGAGAGAACAGAUGGCUGCCUUUGACUUUGGGUCCCGAACCAAAACAAAAGGCGCUCAAGGAGGAGGAAGGUUUUAGGAUGGCAGACACUACCAGGGUGACACGGCACACAACACUAUACCACCCUUUAAGGAUUCAUUUUUUUAUGGUGAAAUGUCUGAACUCUUGAAUUCACUCCUCAGAGAUGUUCACUACUCAUGAAUUAUCUUGGUCAUAAGUGUUCAAACAAUAUGAAAUUUUCCGUGAAAACCAGGGUAUGAAACCAGGACUAAUCACCUAGUGCUUAGUUUUCAACCCUAAAAUAUCUACACCACUUACUGGUGAAAGCUGGGGAGUGUCUGUGUGUUCACGUUUAAGACGAGAACUUUUACGUGGCCACGUACAGGUCCCACAGUCUUUCAGAGGGCCACUUCGUUUUCUCAUGUGUCCCUUUUGGGACUUCACUGAAAGCAAGCAGAUAUAUUUGCUUUAUUCACUGUAAUAUUUUGAAUCAGAUAAUACUAAGCCAAUUCCAUAUACAUAAGCUAAAAGUUCCUGGUUGCCUUCUUUUUUUUUUAAAGAGCCUCUGAAUACAUAAUCUUAAAAUUCUGAAAAAAUUUUCCCAAAUGUAAAAAAUAAUUUUCUAAAAUUACGGAGAAAAAAAAGUAGUCUUUGCCACAUUUCCCACUUUACAUACAGUUAAAGUUCUGUAAUCUGAAUCUGAAACUAGUAUAGAAUUUUAUUUUCUCAUUGGACAUUGUAGUACUUUGUGGUUUUUGUUGUUUGUUUGUUUUUAACCCAGUGCCAUUUUUUUACUAACCUAUGCUAAAUAGUAACAGGAUUCUUAGCAUUUGGAUUUUGGGUUAUUUAUAUAAUGAAGGCAACCUAUACUUUUUUAAAUACCCAAGUUAAUGGAUUUCCAGUAUUAUGACAUAUCUGCUGACAUUAUAAUCUAUUCUGACCAAAUUUUCUUUAUAAAAUGAAACAAGAUACCAGUUUUGUAUUGGGGGCUGGUUUGAUAGGAACAACCCAUUAAAAGGAAUGGUUCAGGUGCAGCUGUUCUUUUUAUGAGGAAAUGCAUUUUGAAAGAGUGACUCUUUUGCCUCCAUUUGAAACCAAAAAAUAAAUAUAUAAAAAUAAACAUCAAGGAUAAAACAGUGAUCAGGAAUCGCCGUUUUAUCUUUAAAUCUGAGACAAGUAUUGCAUUAAAGGCCGAGUCCACUUUUAGCAUUGCCUGAAGUCCUGUCCCAGGGCUUACGGAUUUUCACUGCUGACCGAGUAGAACAUACUAGCUGUUUUCAUAAUCCAUCCAUAUAAUAAACACGCCAUGUGCCCACUGUGUUUGGGUGGAAAUACACAAAGGCCGUUGUCUUCAUUUCUCCUGUGACAGGAGCGGAACAAUAGCCCCAAAGAUCACCAGGGUUUAUUCUCGCAAACCCUAACUUUCAAGUCUGGUGCCGGUACUUUUGUCAGUGGCGUAGGGGUGGAAAGACAGCGCGCGCAUGCGUUCAAAGCGUGCUCAGCAGGACACUUGCCAACAUUCUUUUUGCCUUUAUGUAAAAGCAUGUGUGCUCAACAGCAUUUCACUCUAGGAGGAUGUUUUAGAAAACAUAUUUCUCUCCAACCUCAAGCUCUUGUUUUUUUAAAAAAAAGUAUUAACCAUAUCAACUCUCCCACCCACCUCGCCCCUUAAAACCCAGCCCUGAAAGUAUUGACCGUAUCGUCCUCCCACACUUGUUCCCUGGGAGUACCAGGGUAUAUUUCCGAGUUGUGGGAGCGACGUGUAACUCAUUCAUGAAAACGCCAAGUAUUUCGACUUGCUGCGCUCGCCUGCCUCAAGUCAAGUUUGCUGUCCUCCAGUGAACGGAGUGUUCUCUGUAGAUUACACAGAACCGCGUCUAUUGCUUUUGGCAGUAAAUCAAGAUUUCGUUGUAAUUUUCCAGCUGUGAAAAUGUUGCCUUUUAUUGUAAAAGGGUUUUCAUGAAUGGAAACCUAAAACUAAGCUUAUUAGUGACAGGCCGGCUUCUCUCCCAUCCUUCCAUCACCACCCCCACACCCACUUCCUACAACCCCCCAAAGGCGCUUAUUCUUUAACCCGGAGAAUCUUAAAAAGAAGGGGGGAAAGGGGUGGGGGUGUGUGGAUCUGCUGCCUUUAAUAGAUCCAUAGUAAUUGUUACACUAGAGCUUUUAUUUGCCUCUGGAGCUUUAGAAAAAGCAACCACGGAUUUGUAAGCCAAGCUGAAACUUUUUGAUGUCCACGUACUCCGGUACUCAUGUCUUAGCAGUCAGCUCGGUGUUGCCCGCGCGCGCGCUUGCGCAGUGACAGCAUGCUCGUUCACUGGGUUUGAAGUUAGGUGAAAAGCGUUGCAGUGCUGCUGCUGGCCGGGAGAGUCCGGGAAAGCGUCUGUCAGCACACGCGGAGAGCCCCCGUUUUCACAGACAGUAACUUUAAUCAUCCAGAUGCAAUCAUGGGAAGUAUGUAAUAUGCAAUAGGUAGCACCUUAACCAAUUAAUCUCCAUACGAAGGGUUUUCUGAUGUAUUUAAUAAGUGUAGAAACUUUUCAAGCAUUAAACUAGAGUUGACGUUUUAUUGCAUUUAUUUUCUAUGUCAAAACAAAAACCCGCGCUUACAAAGCAAUUGAAGUCUGUAACCCAUGAUACAUUUGGACCUCUUAAUCUUGGAAGCUUCCAGAUGGUUUGUAUUUUCGAGGUACAAAAAAAUGCUGCAGAUCUAGGUAUGUGUAUAUUUAGUAGGUACGUGGACAACAUAAGCUUUAUUACUGAAGAGUAUUGUACUUAAUCUUAUUAAGCAAAUUAUCUUAAUCACUUGUAUACAUUUUCGAGUUAUAAACUCCCAAACACGUAAGCAUUGCAUAAAGUGACGAUUGUAUAAUUUAUGUAAUCUGAUGCAUGAAUCAGAAUUUUUAUAUAAUAUAUGGUUAUUGGUUUAUUAUCAUUGAUUAAAGUGUUUGAUCUUA